AUGUCACCCUUCAUGGGCGAGAGUUUAACAAUAGGCAAAGCCAGUAAUAUAACAAAUAGAACUCGGCAACGGGCUUUACUUCAUUAUCAAGCAGGACCCCGAAUUCGAGAGAUAUUUCGACAAUUUCCAGACCCGGGAGAAGAUGAUAAUUUUGCUAAAGCGGAAAUACUUCUUACGGAGUAUUUUGAACCACAGAAAAAUCGGUUAUAUGAAGUUUACAAAUUUCGACAAGCAAAGCAAGUAGAGUCCGAAACAAUCGACCAAUUUCAUACAAGACUGCGCUCAUUAUCUAAAAACUGUGAAUUUGCUGAUGUAGAUUUUGAGAUAAUGGUUCAAAUUGUUAUUGGUGGACGAUCCAGUCGUGUACGAAAACAAGCAUUAAGAGAUCCUAAAUAUACCUUAAAAGAUCUGUUGCUUGAAGCAAGGCGUGAUGAAACAAGUAAAGUACAAGCGGCGGACAUCGAAGAGCACUUGGACAGCCACGUUUUACAUACACUAAAAAAACCUACAAAUAAAAACUCCCAAGCCGAUAAACCACAGAAGAUAUGCUUUUACUGUGGAGGUAACUACCCCCAUUUAGACAAACCGUGCCCAGCGAAGAACAAAACAUGCGCCAAAUGCGGGAAGUUAAAUCAUUUUGCAAGCCAAUGUCGCAGCCGAAACUCGCAGAAAAUGAAAACAUCCGCUAAACCACGCCAAGACAUACGACCGGUAAAGGCUGAUGAGGAGAAAGAUAGCAGCAGCGACAAUAAUUCGGAAUACUGUUAUGCGGUUUGUAACAACAACAAGCCUAAACGUCCUGAAACGUCAAUAUCUCUCAACGGACUAUAUGUCAGAAUGACAAUUGACACUGGCUCAAGCAUAAAUAUAAUCGACAAGAAGACUUUCCGGAAAUUUCGAAAUACUGAGCUUGAACCCACAUCCGUGAAAGCAUACCCGUUUAACUCAAAAACGCCAGUCAAGAUGGAAGGGAAGUUUCGUGUUCUUGCGGAGUCAAAACACAAGUUCACAGUUGCUACUAUAUAUGUGACAUCAGACGAUGGCGGCUGUUUACUCAGCUCGGAAACAGCGCAAGAACUUGGACUUGUAAGCAUAAACUUGAACAAAAUUAACACAUCGCCAGAAAACUCAACACUUACAACAAAGGAUACAAAGCUACAUCACAUUUUGGACAAACAUGCACCUGUCUUUGACGGACUUGGGAAGUUAAAAAAUAAACAAAUUAGACUAGCAAUUGAUGACUCCGUGCUCCCGGUUGCACAACCACAGCGACGAACACCGUUCCACCUACGCCUGAAAGUGGAAAGUGAAAUACACAGAUUAGAGAACGAUGACAUCAUAGAGAAAAUACCUGAAGGCAUGCCCACUGACUGGGUCUCUCCGGUGGUGAUUGUUCCCAAGCGUGAUGGUAACAUUCGAUUGUGUGUUGAUAUGCGGAUAGCAAAUACGGCUAUCAAACGAACCAGACAUCCAAUACCAACUGUGGAAGCUGCAUCCAUGGAACUCAAUGGAGCACGUAUAUUUUCAAAGCUUAAUCUUGCUCAGGCAUACCACCAACUAGAGCUAUGUCCAGCAUUCCACAGCAUCACAACAUUCUCAACUCAUUACGGUCUCUAUCGUUAUAAGCGAUUAAACUAUGGAACUAAUUCCGCAGCUGAAUUAUUUCAACAUAAACUGCAGGAAACAUUGCUAGGAAUUAAAGGGGUCAAGAACAUUGCUGACGACAUAAUCGUAUUUGGAAGUAAUAGAGCAGACCAUGACCGUGCACUGGAUGAAGUUCUUACCCGAUUACAAGAUCACAAUCUCACACUUAAUUGCCAAAAGUGCAAGUUCCUGAAGAAGAACCUUGAGUUUUUUGGGUUAUUAUUCUCAGAACAUGGGGUCUGCCCGGACCCAAAAAAAGAACCCCUUCGAAAACUAACACGUAAGUGUGCGCGCUUUGCAUGGACGUGGGAACACCAAGCAGCUUAUGACAAGUUAAAAAAUGCACUAACCAACAGUCCAGUUAUGAGUCAUUUUGAUACAUCAAAAGAAACGUCGACUCCCAAACGCAACAUCGCCGAAGAAUACAUCACGUUUGUCACGACAAAUGCAGCUCAAAAUGCCAUAUCAAUUGAAGUCAUCAAAGAACAUACGACCAAAGACAUAAGUCUUCAGGCGGUAAGAACAGCGGUCGAGUCGGGUGAUUGGAGCAAUCAGUCUGUGAAACCAAUUCUUAGCAUCAAAGAUGAAAUAUCUGUGGACAACACGAAUGGCAUACUCCUACGAGGAACGCGGAUUAUCAUUCCAACAACCCUAAAAACAAGCGUUGUGAAGCUGGCCCACGAAGGCCACCAAGGAAUAGCCAAAACUAAAGCUUUGUUACGCCAAUACGCCUGGUUCCCUAAUAUGGACAAGGCCGUCAAGGAUGAAAUUGAAGCCUGUCUACCAUGUCAAGUAAAUGGGUCAACCAGCCCACCAGAACCAUUAGCAAGUCCAGAAAUGCCAGAGUGCCCUUGGCAAACCAUCCAUGCUGACUUCUAUGGUCCGCUCCCUACUGGACAAUAUAUCAUCGUGCUGAUCGAUAAGCAUGGAAUCCCAUUAAAGUUCAAAUCUGACAACGGUCCACCGUUCAACAGUAAGGAAUUCUCCAAAUAUCUACAUAAACUUGGGGUGAAGCACGAGACAUCAAUCCCGGAGUGGCCGCAAGGAAACUCAGAGGCCGAGGCAUUCAUGAAGCCUUUAGCUAAAGCGAUCAAAACAGCCCGUGCGGAACAUCGCAAUUGGACACAAGAACUUUCAAGAUUCUUACUCAGCUAUCGCACUACGCCUCAUUGUUCAACCAAUGUCCCACCAGCUCAACUACUAUUUAACCGACCAUUGAGAGGUAUCCUACCAAUGCUAAACCCCAAGGACAAAGUGCUAAAUAGACAUAAAGAGGCGCAGGCAAAUAAUUUUGAAGCGAAAUCGAAAGGAAGAGAAUUGGCAAACAAAAGAAGAACUAAAGAAUCAGAUAUCAGGGUGGGAGACAAAGUGCUCUUAAAACAAAGGAAGAAAGAUAAAUUCACAACAAAAUUUGUGCAAACACCAUACACAGUGAUUUAUCGUAGAGGAGCUAAAGUAGUCGCUGAGAACCAUAACCAUCAAAUAACCAGAAACACAUCGUUCUUUAAAAAGAUAAGAGACAAGUCGAGAGAAUCAACUGAUGAAGAUGAAUACAACAUCCACGAACAGCCGUACAGACACAACCAAUGCGUACCAGAAUGUGAAGAACCAGAACACAUCAUAGAACCAGAACCAGAAGAGCCAGCUCCAAGGAGAUCAACCCGACAAAGAAAAAUAACAGAACAAUAUGGGAACUCAAUAAACCCUGACUUUGUUAUCCUUUAA